CGCUCACGACAUACCAGGAAGUCAGAAUAGUAACAGAGAACGUCAGAGCAUCUUUGCUAGUAGCGAGCUAAGCCACGUAAAGAAGAAAAAGUUUAUGAACUCUGCCUACACAACUUCAGUAUUCAGGCUUGUUUACAAAGAGAUCUAAAGAUGUCGUCAGGUGCUCUCUUUCCAAGCUUGGUGAGCGGCUCUAGGGGAAGCUCCAGCAAGUACUUGGUGGAGUUUCGUGCUGGGAAAAUGACCUUGAAGGGCAACGUCGUGACACCGGACAAACGCAAGGGCACUGCAUACGUCCAGCAGUCUGACGACUCCCUGAUUCACUUCUGCUGGAAGGAUAGGACCACUGGAAAUGUUGAUGAUGACCUGAUCAUCUUCCCUGAUGACUGUGAAUUCAAGAAGGUGAGCCAGUGCACCACCGGACGUGUCUUUGUGCUGAAGUUCAAGGCCGGAUCCAAGAGACUGUUCUUCUGGAUGCAGGAGCCAAAGACCGACAAGGAUGAUGAGUACUGUCGUAAGGUGAAUGAGUACCUGAACAACCCUCCCAUUCCCGGAGCGGCAGGAAGCGGAAGCGGCAGCGGCCACGAGCUCUCUGCACUCGGAGGAGAGGGAGGCCUGCAAAACCUGCUGGGAAAUAUGAGCCACAACCAGCUGAUGCAGCUGAUUGGACCAACUGGAUUGGGAGGACUGGGAGGUUUGGGAGCUCUAGCAGGACCAGGACUUGCCAACUUGCUGGGCAGUGCAGGACCUGCCACAAGCAGCUCCUCAUCCAGCUCUCGUAGCCAGUCAGCAGCAGCCGCCACUCCGUCAUCAGGCACAGCCCCCAGACUGAGUUCCUCUCAGGCCACCACCACCCCGGUGACUCCUGCUGCCACAUCGGUCUCCCCUACUAGUGUUGCUCCUUCCACACCAGCCGCUGCUCAGACCCCACUCGCUCCAGCCUCUGUUGGAAGCCCUGGCUCCCACCAGCCCAUCCAGCUCAGUGACCUCCAAAGCAUCCUCGCCACCAUGAACGUCCCCGCAACGUCGGCUGCUCAGGGAGCAGCAGUGGACUUGGCAAGCGUUUGCACCCCAGAGAUGAUGGCUCCCAUCCUGACCAACGCUGAGGUCCAGCAGAGGCUGCUGCCCUUCCUCCCCAGUGGAGAAAGUUUACUGCAGAGCGCUGAUGAGAUCCAGAACACAAUCAACUCGCCUCAGUUCCAACAGUCGAUGAGUAUGUUCAGCAGUGCCUUGGCCUCCGGGCAGCUCGGCCCUCUCAUGAAUCAGUUUGGUCUGCCGGCUGAAGCUGUGGACGCCGCCAACCGAGGAGAUGUGGAGGCGUUUGCCAAAGCCAUGCAGGACAGUAAAGGAGACUCCAAAGAGAAGAAAGAGGACGACGAGGACAUGAGUCUGGAUUAGACCUCACACAGCCACGCCUCCGUUAAAUCUGAGAUUCAUUUUCCUGUACCUAUCUCCCAUUUCAGGUUGUCUUACACCUUUCUAUACCAAAGGCAACACUCUGCUCCUCAGUCAGUGUGAAAGCCACAGUUUAACACAUGCAAGUUAGGCCAGUUUUCCCUGUGACUACUGUCUUUAUCAACAGCUCUGUUUUGUUCUAUUGACAAUUUAUUUUACUCUGAAAGGAGAGAGUCAGUUUAUGAAAUAAAAGGAGAUUGAGCCCAAA